GCUCAUAACAGCUUCUUCUCCUUUUCCUCUUCCUUCAUUCUUGCUCUCCCCCAGUUCUUCGCUCUUUUUUACUCCUCCUCCCGUCAGUCUAUCUUACCUCUGAUACCCUUUGAUUUCCUUUUGAAGUAUCGCUGUUCAUCAUGGCUGCCGCCGCCAUCAAGGAGACCGUCUCCAACCUUUUCCACAGCCAGCCCGAGAACGCUCUUCGGGAGCCAUCGCCCGAAGAAUUCCAGCAGCUCAGACAGAAGUACAUCGAUGCCAAACAAGAUCACGUUUUCGCCUUCGUCGACGACUUGAAGUCCGCGGAGAAGACCCAGCUUUUUCACCAACUGAGCAAUUUCGACCCCAACCGGAUCAAUGAGUUGGCCGACAAGGCCUUGAACCCUCCAAAGGCCCAGAAAGGUCCUGCCUCCCUGGAACCCCUCCCUGAAGUGGCUACCGCCUCUAUCCUGGAUUCGGACCCUAGCGACAUCCAGAGAUGGUAUGAGGAAGGACUUCAGUUGACUGCGGACAACAAGGUGGCUGUGGUCCUGAUGGCUGGUGGGCAGGGAACGCGCCUGGGUAGCUCCGAUCCUAAGGGCUGCUUCGACAUCGGCCUUCCGAGCCACAAGUCUCUCUUCCAGAUUCAGGCGGAGCGCAUCGUCAAGUUGCAGCUUUUGGCCAAGAAGGUUACUGGGAAGGACGCUGCCAUCCCAUGGUAUGUGAUGACCAGUGGUCCUACUCGCAAACCAACAGAGGAAUUCUUCCGCAAGCACAACUAUUUCGGAUUGGACAAGAGCAAUGUGGUCAUUUUUGAGCAGGGCGUCUUGCCUUGUAUCUCCAACGAAGGCAAGAUCCUGAUGGAAAGCAAAUCCAAGGCAGCCGUGGCUCCCGAUGGCAACGGUGGUAUUUAUCUGGCCCUUAUCACCUCCGGCGUCAGAGAGGAUAUGCGCAAGCGUGGAAUCGAGCACAUUCACACAUACUGUGUCGAUAACUGUCUCGUCAAGGUUGCUGACCCCGUUUUCAUCGGUUUCGCCGCCUCGAAGAACGUUGAUAUCGCUACCAAGGUAGUCCGGAAGCGCAAUGCUACUGAGUCCGUGGGCUUGAUUCUCCAGAAGAAUGGCAAGCCCGACGUCGUAGAGUACUCCGAGAUCGAUAAGGAGACAGCCGAGGCCAAAGACCCUAAGCAACCCGACGUGCUCAAGUUCCGUGCGGCGAAUAUUGUCAACCACUACUACUCGUUCCGUUUCUUUGAAUCGAUUGAGACAUGGAGCCACAAGCUGCCUCACCACGUGGCCCGCAAGAAGAUUCCCUGCAUCAACACCGAGACUGGCGAGUUCUUCAAGCCGGAAAAGCCCAACGGCGUCAAGCUCGAGCAAUUUGUCUUCGACGUCUUCCCCAUGACGCCACUGGAGAAGUUUGCAUGCAUCGAAGUGCGCCGCGAGGACGAAUUCUCGCCACUGAAGAACGCUCGGGGCACCGGCGAGGAUGACCCCGACACCAGCAAGGCGGACAUCAUGAACCAGGGACAGCGUUGGAUUGAGAAGGCGGGUGGUGUUGUCGUCACUGAGGGUGAAGCCGUUGGUGUUGAAGUCUCCCCACUGAUCAGCUACGUAAGUAUACCCCCUCUGGUCCGCAUUCCGCGCCAUGACACAAUGGAGACUAAGACACCUGGCCGUGAGAUCAAGGCCCCGGCGGUCAUUGAGAAGGAGGAGUGAACUCGCCCACACAAACUAUCAUAAGCAUCGACCAGCUGGGAUGGAUUAAAGUGCAUGUAUGGACAUAU